UGGAUUAAGUUUAUGAAGACGCAGUGUGUGUGUGUGUUUUUGUGUGUGUGUGUGAGACCGACAGGUGGUUUUGUUGCUCAUCUGGACUUUGUGUUCCAAUUUAGGUUAAGGACACUUAUUUAUCUGAAGAAGCUCCUUCACGUGGACGCUCCUCGUCAUCAUCAUCAGAGCGCUCAUGUUUCUACACUUCACACGCUGCUUUGGGAUUUUUGACAGACAGAUCGGGACGGUGAGGCCUGCUAGAAAAGCGAUCAGCCGGAUGCACCCCAUGGAUGCAGCACCCAGUUUGCAAAACGUAGGCUCUUACAACCUUUGAAAUCCUUUGAAGAACUAUAAACGGAGAAAUGGAGAACCUAACGGCGGAAUCGAAUGAGAUAUUGCCACUAAAGUGUAACAUGACCGGCAGCCACAAUUUCAUCUUCACCUUUGUGCCGGUUGUCUACGCUUGCAACUUCAUCAUUGGGAUGGUGGGUAACAGCAUGGUGGUAGCUGUUAUCUACCGCUACAUGAAGCUGAAGACCGUCGCUAACGUGUUCGUGCUCAAUUUGGCUGUAUCGGAUCUCACCUUCCUUGUAACUCUGCCCAUGUGGGCAACGUUCACUGCCUUGGGCUACCACUGGCCGUUUGGAAGUUUCCUGUGCAAGGCCAGUGCAGGUCUGGCUAUCUUCAACCUCUACACUAGUAUCUUUUUCCUGACAGCGCUCAGCGUGGAUCGCUACUUGGCCAUCGUUCAUCCGAUGGGCUCGCGGCGGCGGCGUACGCUACUCUACGCCCGAAUUACCUGUGUACUCGUGUGGGUUUUUGCCUUUGUUCUAAGCAUGCCUACUGCACUAAGCAGGGACAUCUACAAGGUCAAGGAUCAUCCCUCUACACUCUGUGGAAUCUGGAGCAACAAGCAGAUCCAUCUUCUGGUGUCUCUCAGCAUCCUGAAGAGCGUACUAGGGUUCCUUGUGCCCUUCCUUAUCAUCAUCACCUGUGACUGCCUGAUGGGUUGCGCCCUGUUGAAAGCCAAAGGUUUGUUAAGGAAGAGCACGCGCUCUCGGGAGGACGAAACUCUGCGUAUGUUAGCUGCUGCUGUCCUGGCCUUCUUUGUCUGCUGGGCUCCUCACCAGGUCUUCCACUUCAUGGAGCUUCUGGCAAUGCUGGGGGUGGUGAAGGACUGCCACGUUCUAGAUCUCAUCGACACGGCCAUGCCCUUCAGCAUAUGCCUGGCUUACUUCAACAGUUGCGUCAACCCCAUUCUCUACAGCUUUGUGGGUCACAACUUUCGCAAGAACCUCCUGAGGUUGCUGCACUGUGAGUCGAGUCCUGUUACAAGAAACUCCAGUCUCAGCACCAAGAUGACUGCUCUGUCCACCAGAGCUUCUCAAGUGCUACGACUGUCCAGUAAGAAAGACUCGGAGUAUAACGCUAACACGGUGGAAGAGCCGAAGACUUAGUGCAUUGGGAAGGUCAUCUUUCUUGCUUCAUCUCGUUUGUCUUUGAGUUUAAAGUACAACAAACUAUUAAGACAGAUUUGAGUAAGGUUCAUUUCAAAAGAAGUGUAGGGUUUUUCCAUCUCACAAAACGAGACAAAUCCAGGCACCAGGCUUUGGGGAAGGGAUGGAAGUUUUUAUUGAAUGUUAAUAGUAUUACACUGAGGGCCAGAUGUGCUGACUUGGGAUUAGAUGUUUGUGUUCUGCAACAAAACCUUUCAAGUUAUAUAUGAACCUUGGGUUAUAUAUGAACCUAUGAGUCUAAACACGCACUUUUUAGCACCAUGCACACUGCUUUUCCUUCAUAUACUACACUACGGGAAAUUAGCAGAGGCUAGUUUAUGUGUGAUUUAGUUUGUUUUGUCUUUUUGCCAAACUGGGUAUAAAUUAGGGCAUUACCUCGCUCUGAAAUUCAGUGCCAAAAAAAACUUUAAGGAAGUUGCAUAUUUUGGUGAUCCUGGUUUCAGCACACAAGUCACAUCUAUCAGUUUACCUCACAUCUAACAAUAGUACAGUUGAAUUUCACACAAAUACAUCCUGCUUGCAGUGUAAAUUAAUUGAAGACUAAUUUCAAGUCUCUUUUCGCUCACUCAAGCUCCUAACCCACUCCCACACAAGUCACACCCAGCUUUGAUUGUUAAGAUGAGAUAAAGAUAAACCUUUUAAAAUAAAAGUCUUAAUACCUAAAAAUACCCUAAAUGAACUUUCCGUCCAUCUCUAACAUGUCCAUCGAAGCUCUGUCCAGUAUUCCAGUAAAUCCGUUUCUAUUUUUAAGGUUAUGCAAGGUUAUGCACGUACUGUGAAACACCAGUCUAUCAGUGCUAUUACUAAUCAAACUUGGCUAGCCUGAUGGGAAAAUCAAUGUUUGCAAGAACUAAAGACUACUUCACGUUCUAUUUAUGUAAGCAAGCAAUCUCCCAGUGUAAAGAUUCUCAAACGUUUUAGAGUCAGGGAGAGCUUUUACAAACAAACUUUUCAAAAUAUUAAAGUAGUUAUAUGGGUACGAUAAUAUUUAGGAGCCAGAGAGUUUUUUCCAACCAUAUGACCCAACAAAAUUAUUAAUUCCAGUGGAUAUGUAUAAUAACAUUCAUAAUUCUGGUGGAAAAAGAAAAAAGUCCCAUUUUGAGAACCAUGGGUCUAGAAUAUUUCCAAAUUUCUCAUAAAAUUUAAUUUUGUUCACCUAUUUUUGAGCCCAAAAUGGUAUUAUAUGAUUGCAUUGUGAGUUUAAAGGGUUUUUCUUAAAUCUCCUAGUCACCAAAGCUUCAACUUCUAUCCAUGAAAGAGAACUAUUUUUCAGAAUUUACGGCACCCGGAAGAUGCCCUAAUUAUCUUUAUCUAAUUUAUACAACUGAGUAGUUUAGGGUUAAGGACCUUGCUCAAGGGCCCAGCAGUGGCAGCUUGGUAACCCUAGGAUUAAAACUUUGAUGAGUUGUCCAACAUCUUCCCCACUGAGCUACCACUGGCCUGUACUAACUCAUAUCUUUAGCUAGCUAAACUCCUACCAACUUGUCCAACACUGACAAAAGAACAACAAAAAAAUAACCUAUUGACUUGUUAAGCAUCAUAUUUGCAUUGAACAGGUCUAAUCAGAAUGUCAGUAAAUACCAUAAACCUCAUAAGCAACAAUAAAAUCAAGCCAGAAAUUGUUAGCUAGUCAGAUAACAACCUUCAAACUGAAGGAAACUUUGUAGUUGCUCAGUAGCCCAUUCAACUGCUUCCUUAAACCUGACCACUUUCCUGACUCAAUUUUGCUAUGAUUAUCUCCAGGGUUGAGGGUUUGAUUCCCGCCUCUGUUCAGUGUGUGUGUAGUUUGCAUGUUCUCCACAUAUUUUUGGGGUUUCCUCUGGGUUCUCCAGUUUCCUCCACCAGUCUAAAAACAUGCUUGUAGGUUGAUUGGGACCACUAAAUUGUCUGUAGUGUAUGUGUGUGUGUGUGUGUGCAAUUGUGCCCUGUGAUGUCUUGACACCCUGUCCACGGUGUCCCCUGCCUUUUACAACAAAGUCCACUGAGAUAGCCUUCAGGUUCGCCAUGACUCUGUGUAUGAUAUUCUUCCUGAUGUGGGGAAGUGAUGACUCAAACAAAUUAAACCUCUGUGUUACUAAUUGGAGGGUCAGUGAUUCAAGCCCGAGAACCACAACACUGGUAUUUUUUGGGCUCUUCAGCAAGGCCCUUAACCCUCUUUUCUCCAGUGUGCUGUACCAUGUCUGACCCAGUGCUCUGACCCAAACUUCCUAAAAAGCUGGGAUGUUACUUGGCCAGGAAUCAAACCCGGGAUCUGUUUGUUAGAGCAAUGGAGCCUAACUUAUCCUCCAGGGAUCCAGAAUUAGAAGUCUUCACCAGUUAAGACAUCACUUGUAUCACUGUAGAAUAAAUGUUUCAUAUGUUAACUUUAUUUACUAUCAGAAUGAUCCUACUUCUGAAGCGGUAAUUACGAGAACGUUCUCAGAAAAAAACAUGAAACACAAACGAGUAUUGAUUAUGCAGUUUUACUCAGACACAUACUAUGGUGUAAAAAUGUAUAGAAUGGUUGUUGAUCUACAUAAAUUAUUUUUGAGCAAAACAGAAAGUUUGUUGAAAUUAAGUUGUUGAAAGUUUCAGACCCCAUCCAUCUCGGAAAUUUGUCGUAAUUACGACUUGAGGGGACAUCUAUGUGCGACUUCCUAGCGGUAAUUCCGAUCAGCAGUGUUCUACAGAGUAGUUUGCAAGAUUUUAGACAUCUUUUGCUUGGCUCUUUACACAACAUGAUCUUAACAGGAGGAUUUGAAUAUUUUUUAAAAAAUAAAUAUAUUUCUUUGUCAUUUAAAUCUUCACUAGCUAAAACAUCACCUGGAUCCUGAAACACCAGCUCCCUUGUGUAAACUUUUUCACAUUUAUGGCAGACACCCUUAUUCAGAGCAACUUUUUAUACAACUGAGUGAUUGAGGGUUAAGGGCCUUGCUCAGGGGCCCAGUAGUGGCAGCUUGGUGGACCUGGGAUUCAAACUCUCAACUCGGUCAGUAAUCCAAUGCCUUACCCACUAAACCUCCACAUCCCCCCUUUUUUUCAGCUGGAUAUCAUUUUUUUGUCCACCAAAGCAAUACCAUCAGCUUUUACUAUGUUUGUUUUUCUGUUUUCAGCCAUUUUCUUUCUCAUGUGUACUAUAAUCAUCACUUCCUUUAAUCGUGUAAUUAUUGAAUAAUUACAAAAUUCCACCCAAAUUUUAGUUUUUAUUAUACCUUAUAGAUUAACAUACAGGACAGUGCAGCUGUAACCUAAAAGUAAUACACACUUUUUUAAACAAAAAAUAUAACAAGCUAUAAGCUUUCCAAAAGAAUGAAGAGGUGGUUCAGUUGAAUAGUUUGCAAUAAUGUUAACUUCAGAAUAAAGAUAUGACAUCUUUCUUAGUAGCUUAGACUCAGUUCAGAGAAAUGACACAUGGAAGAUGCAUUUUUAUUGCAGUAUUUUUAUAUGUAAGAUACAUAUAUACAUAGAUACUUCAGGGAUCUACAGGAGAUCUCAUGAAUAAAAAUAAUUCCAGUCUAUCUUUGCUAACCUCGAUCUAAUCUAUCUUGUAUGUACAUGCAAGAUUUACAGGAAUUUGUGGACCACACACACACACACACACACACACACACUUUAGAUAAGCAUUACAAAUCCGAAAAGGUCAUUUCAGGUCAAGUUGAUAUGAAACACGACAUGUAUAAAAACUCUUACGCUUUAGAUAGAUCGACUUAAUAUAUUCGUGUAUUUAAGGCUGUUCACCUGUGGUCUUUCUCGUGCUGGUAAAAUUGUGAUGAGUUACAGACUGUAUGUGGCUGUAUAUAGAUGUUGGUGGUACAUCUGAUCGUUUUAGAAGAAGUUUCAUAUUUAUCAAACUUGUAUAUAGUGUAACAUUUGUAUUGAUAUUUGAAAUAUGUCGUCUGAGUAACGUGUACAUUUUUAUAUCACUGUUUGGUCAUUGAAUGGAUUAUCGUGAGGAAUGUGUGUAAUUAGUCGUACAUCUGUGUGUUUUAUUUGUGUGGCAGGCUGGGAAAACUAUAUACAUGUUGAAAUGGUGACAUUUUGUACUAUAGUUCUGAAGCCCACAGACUUUCCUUGAAUUAUUUUGGUCUUUCACAUGGAUUUCAUCCACUAGAAAACAUCAAAAAAUUGAAAAUAAAGAAAGAU